CGCGCAAUCGCCUCCCAAGAUCACCAGAUUGGGAGCUGGAGCUACUACCACCACCACCACCUCCUCCUCCUCCUCCUCAAUGGAAACUACCACUCACUAGUCGACCCAAAGUCCCAAAGUAGAGCUACUCGGGACUCCCUAGAACAUCGUCUAGACUGGUUGAAUAUGCUUGUGGUCCACACACCACUGUGUUUCGUUUCACAGACCCAGAACCCAACAACCUCGACGGUGGCAGUUUUCUUUUUUUGUGAUCCCCCCUCUUUCUUCGCAUCACUGUCACACCCCUAGGCACAUACUUUCAAAACGCCCUUGAUAACCACCAGGAAUAGUUACUAGGUACCUUUAACGGUAUCGGCCCCAAGCGACAGCUCGGGAUCGGCGGGCAAAGGUAAAUCUACGAAGAACUGAGCCAUUCAUACCGAUCUAGGUAGGUAUACGGAGUGUGUGUCACACCAUGGUUUUCCCGGCGAUGUCUGUCGCGCACAUGUGCUAUACCGCGCUCUUCACAUGGAUCGCCUACCUUGUCGUCGGCGCCGUCUAUCGACUGUACUUCCACCCUCUCGCCAAGUUCCCCGGACCGAAGCUCGCGGCGUUGACAGGCUGGUACGAAUUCUACCAUGAUAUCAUCCACAAAGGUCAAUUCAUCUGGAAGCUCCAAGAGCUUCACGACAAAUAUGGCCCCAUCAUCCGCAUCUCGCCAGAGGAGCUCCACAUCCGCGACUCUCAUUACUACGAGGAACUCUAUGCACCGGGGUCGAAGAAACGCGACAAGUACGUGGGAUGGGUGGUCAUGGCGGGCGCUCCAGACUCGUCCUUUGCGACGGCUCCGCACAAUCUGCACCGCAUCCGUCGCGCGGCUCUGAACCCGUACUUUUCCAAACGAUCAAUCGGCCAGACCGAGAGCCUGAUCAUGACCAAGGUUCAAGUGCUCUGUCGCCGGUUUGAGGAAGCCUGCAAGUCGGGCCAGGUCAUCCGGCUGGACGCCGCGUACAUGGCCUUGACCAUGGAUGUCAUAACCCACUACUGCUUCGGUGACAGCUACAACUACCUGGAGGAAGAUGACUUCAGGGCCUCGUGGAAGGAGACUGUGAUAGCCGGGUCGGCCAACGGCGCAUUCCUCCGACAAUUCCCUUGGGCGCUACCGAUUUUGAAGAUGGCUCCGCUCCCGCUGGUCCAGAUGAUGAAUCCGCCGGCCGGGCACCUCAUGGCGUGGCAGCGGAUGGUGCGCGCCCAGGUCGACGACAUCAUCGCUCAGAACAAAGAAGGCAAGAAGACCACGGGCACCGUCUUUCAGGCGCUGCUGGAUAGUGACCUGCCGCCUAAAGAGAAGAGCGCCGACCGUCUACAGGACGAGGGUCAGACCCUCGUCGGUGCCGGUUCAGAAACCACCGCAAAGUCACUUGCCGUCAUCACCUUCUAUCUCUAUCAGGACAAGACGAAACUCGAGAAACUUCGGGAGGAAUUGCGCACCGUCAUGCCUACGCCUACAAGUUCCGUGUCGUUGACUACAUUGGAACAGUUGCCAUACUUUACCGCCGUCAUCAACGAAGGCAUCCGUCUCAUGUUUGGUGUGACUACAAGAUUACCUCGCGUAUCACCCACCGAAGUCCUACGGUACAAAGAUUGGGUUAUACCACCUGGAACACCAGUAAGCCAAUCUAACUAUUUCGUCCACAUGGACAGCAACAUAUUUCCGAAUCCCGAAAUCUACGAUCCAGACCGAUGGAUUCGUGCUGCAAAGGAAGGAUUCCGUCUCGAUCGAUACUUUGUUUCAUUUUCAAAGGGUAGUCGUAUGUGUGUUGGUAUCAACCUCGCAUACGCCGAACUAUACUUGACACUAGCACACGUCGUUUCCCGUUUCGACAUUGAAAAUUUUGACACCACGGUCGAGAGAGACAUACAAAUCAGUAGGGACUUGUUCGUCGGUGUACCUAGGGCUGAUUCGAAAGGGAUAAGGGCAAAGAUUGUUGGAGUGAAGAGUUGAGAGAAUGUCAAGCGUAAUACUGCAAGCUAUGUGUCCAUGUUAAUUCCCGGUCACCGACCUACCUACCAACACCACACUCACAGGAGCGAUGACCACUUCACUCCCACCCAUUUCCCUUUUUCCCCUCUGCUGCUAUUUUAGUCGGCAAAUUCGAUGACGAGAAUGCGUAUGUACACACGUACGUACAAUGGUGAAGACCUGUACAAGUCUAAAGUCACAUUUUGGUCGGGAAGGCUUCACCGGCUUUGACACGAUGUGACGUGUCAAAAAAAGAGUCGGUUUACCCUCUACGAGUAGCAACAAGCAAACAAACAAACUAGUAUGCUGUAUAUACCUGAGUUACAUACUCUCUCUGUACACGAUUACCAAAUUGAAUGGACUUGGGGGAAAAGGUCCUCAUCAA